AUGGCCUGGUUUUCCAACAAGAAUAAUGCCAAGGCAGUGCGCUUCCAAAAACUUGCACCGCAAGUGGACGACCGCCGCACCGAGGACCUGUGGCUGCCGUUGCGAAAAGCCUUCGACGAGAUACUGCAGAAGCGAACCACCAGCCAAAACUUCGAGCAGCUGUAUAGAUGCGCAUACGCCAUGGUGUUACGGAACGAAGGGGAGCGCCUCUACAAAGGUCUGCGCGAAGCCAUCAAAGAGCACCUAGUGAACAAAGUACGUCCACUCGUGUUGGCUGAAGUUGGCGACGACUGCUUGCGAACGAUCAAUCAGGCCUGGGAAGACUACCAGACGAGCAUGGGAAUGAUUGGCGACAUCGUAAUAUACCUCGACCACGCAUACGUGCCCAAGAACGACGUUGACAGUGUGAGGAACCUGGGUGUGCUGCUCUUUCUUGAUGAGGUUGUGCACUACGACGUCGUGCAGGACCGCCUUCGUGACUCUAUGCUCGGCUUGGUGAAGACGGAACGAGAAGGCAUUCCAGUAGACAGGGCUUUGUUGAAGAAAGCUUGCUCAAUGCUUGUAGUCUUAGGGCUCGGCUUGAGGUCAGUAUACGAACAAGACUUCGAGAAGCCCUUCCUGGACGAGUCGGCACGAUUCUACGCGUUGCGUGGCCAACGUUACAUUGGAACGAAGGACUGUCUCGAGUACAUCGCCCAAGUGGAACAGCACAUCAAUGAAGAGUCAGAGCGGGCGAAGCAAUGCCUCGACAAGUCCACCGUGUUUGCAGUCUUGCACGUGGUAGAAAAAGAGCUCAUCUGGAAACAUAUGAAGGCCAUCGUGGACAUGGACUCGGGUGUCGAGUAUAUGCUCAAAAACCAGACGAUGGACGACCUGGCCCGAUUAUAUUGGUUGUUCAAACGCGUUCCAGAUGGCGUCAAGACGUUGCUCAAUUGCGUCAGCAAGCACCUGCGCAGUACAGGGAAAUCUGUCGUGAACGAGCACGGUGACUCGGUGAGCUUAAUACCACAAGUGAUGGAGCUGAGAGAUCGCUUUGACCACAUUCUACAGCGCUGUUUCAACAAUGAGGAACUGGCCAGGGACAUGAUCGCCACAGACUUUGAGUGCAUACUCAGCAACACGCACAAAUCGCCCGAGUAUCUGUCGGCAUUCGUAGACGACAUGAUGCGGAAAGGAAUUAGAAACAUGACAAAGGAGGAGACUGAACAGUUGCUGGACAAAGUUAUGGCUAUAUUUCGAUCACUGCAAGAGAAAGACCUCUUCGAGCGCUACUACAAGCAGCACUUGGCCAAGCGGCUUCUGCUCAACAAGAGUGCCUCAGACGAAGUCGAGAGAAAGAUAGUGGCCAAGCUCCGAAAUGAAUGUGGCUGCCUCUUCACAUCCAAAAUGGACGCAAUGUUCAAGGACAUGCACGUCUCUAGUAACACGAUGCAGCAGUUCAGAGAAGCGGUUUCCUCUUGCAGAGUGGACUUGCACGGGGUCGACCUGAACGUGCGUGUGCUCACGACGGGCUUCUGGCCCCUGGCAGCAGCCACGCAGCAAAUCAGAAUUCCCGUCGCACCGUGGAGUGCUUACCAAGUAUUUCAACGGUUCUACCUGGCAAAGCAUAACGGUCGACAACUGACCUUACAGCCACAUCUAGGCUGGGCAGACAUGAGUGCCGUGUUCUACGGUCCGGCGGAGAACGAGCCGUCUACGUCCCAAGCGGCAAGCACAUCGUCCGGCAAGGUUCAGCCGCGAACUUACGUCAUCCAGGUUACAACGUACCAGAUGUGUGUGCUGAUGCUGUUCAACCGCUAUGAUGCGAUAUCGUGUCAAGACAUCGCCUCCGAGACGAACAUCCCCGAAACAAGCCUCGUUCGGGCAUUGAAUUCGAUGUGCAUGGGCAAAGCUUCCGAGCCCCUGCUUACCAAGACGCCCGCCACAAACGAGAUCGAGAACGACCACAUCUUUGCCGUGAACGAAGCCUUCACGUCCGGCCUCCAGAAGGUCAAGAUUGAGUCAACGUCCAGCAAAAAGAACGCUGCCCUAAAGAAAGAUGGGCCGGUGGUCAACCUUGACGAAGACCGAAGGUAUGAGCUCGAAGCGGCCAUUGUACGAACAAUGAAGGCACGCAAGACGCUGUUGUACGAAGACCUUCUCGUCGAGGUGACGAAGUCGCUUCAAACCAGAUACACUCCAAGUCCUGCUGCAUUCAGGAAAAGAGUCGAUGCUCUCGUAGAAAGGGAGUACCUCGAGAAGGCCAGCGAAGACCCCGAAGUGUACAACUAUAUCCCAUGA